AUGGCUCGAAUUUUCCUGACUGGCGCCUCAGGCCUCAUCGGCGGGGACGUGCUCCACGCUCUCAAGACAACUCAUCCAGACUACAACAUCAGUGCUCUCGUGCGAGAUAGUACUAAAGCCGCCACCGUCUCCAAGGCAUAUCCCGAUGUGCGCAUUGUGCUCGGUGAUCUUGACUUUGCGUCGCUUAUUGAGGAGGAGGCUAGCCGGGCCGAUGUUGUCGUCCAUGCUGCUGCCAACAAACACAUCAACAGCGUGCAAGCUAUUGUUCGUGGUCUGGCCAAGCACAGAGGCCCCAAGCCUGUACACUUGAUCCAAGUAUCGGGCGCCAGCCUGCUUUCAAUCCCUGAUAUCGUUAACAAGACUUUUGGCGAAGGACCGGCGAAGAUCUACAGGGAUAUUGACGACAUCGAUGAGAUUCGCGAUAUCAUCCAGAAGAAUGCCGACAAGCGAGUCGUUGAUCAUUUCUUACUCAACGCGACAGGUCCCAAGACAGCGAUUGUCUUCCCGCCCAUCAUCUACGGACAGGGCCGAGGACCCGUUAACCAGCGCAGUAUUCAGGUUCCCGAAAUCUCGAGAGUGGCCAUCGAGAAGCGACAAACCUUCCAAGUGGGCAAGGGAGAAAGUACCUGGAGCAACAUUCACGUCUCAGACUUGAGUGAUAUGUUCGUCAAAUUGGUCGAGAAGGCUGUCGAAGGCGCCGAAGGUGACUUGUGGAAUCAAAAUGGACUCUACUUUGUCCGUGGCGGGCCAGAGCUGUCCUUUGGAAAGAUCUCACAGCUCGUCGCUGAAUCCGCCCACAAGCUUGGUCUGACUGAAUCAGUGACGGUCAAAAGUAUCACCCCAAGUGAGGCAGACGCGCUGUCUCCAGCCGCCAGCGUGUUCUGGGGGACCAAUGCCCGUCAGGCCCCUCAGCGAGCCAUGCAACUGCUGGGAUGGACCCCGCGCGCACACUCGCUGGAGGAGGAGAUUCCGAAGACCGUGCGGUUGGAGGCCAUUCGCCUGGCCAAAUAA